AUGCCUUUGUUUGGUCGACGAUUGUUUCAUUUAACACCGACUGAAGCACAAGAAUUAUGUACCGAUGGACAAUACGUAAUUGAACAUACAAACCAAAAAUUCAAAAAUGUGAAAUUUUAUGAAAAAUUGAAAACAGCUUAUGAAUUACCACGAUGGACGUGUGAAUGUACAUGGCGUCCGUGUCUAACACACAUAGAAGCUUGUGAUUCUGAGAAUAAUGUGCGAAAAUCAUUACCAUCACUCGUACCAAGUUAUUACAAUAAAAUUAUAUUAGACAUUGUGCAUCACAAUGUAAAACCAUUAGAAAAAUUAGCCGAAGAAGUGUCAAUUUCAAUUGGAUCUGGUUAUGUUGUGGGUGAAACUGUACAAUUUCGAAAGAAAAAAGAUUCACAAACUGUCAAAGGAGUAGUUGAAAAAAUUCAGGAAGUCAAUGAAACAAAUGGUAGUAUAAUCGAUGAUCAUCUGAAGAGGUCAUCGGAUCGAAAAUCGAUAACUACUCAAUCGAAAACAACACCGGAAAAAAUCGUGAAAAAUUGUAAAUAUUCAAUACGUUUACUGAAUGAUGAUACAAUAAUAACUAGUGUAGUACCGGCAGAUUUACAACGUCCAACACCAAUACCAAAUCGAGAAAAAUUGAAAACAUUUAUACGUUCGUAUGCAAUACGUUUAGGAAAUCGUAUUGAUAGUCCAUGGAUAUUAUUUGAUAAUAAUAUUAAACAAAAAUAUCAAAUAAUAGAUCGAAUACCAGAUAAUAUUAUUGAAAAAUUCAAAAAAGAAUUAUCCAUCACAUUAGAAGAAAUAUUGCGAGAACAAGAAAGAAUUCGUCGAAAACAAGCUGAAGAAGUGCAUAACGAAGUUGUAGCAGAAACAACAACACCCAAUAGCAAAACGACACCAUCACAUAAUGGUUGGUCAUAUGAUGAAAACAAUCAUAUUGUUAUUCAUGACUCGGAUGAUGAUGAAGAAGAAGAAUCAAUUCCGCUAUCGAAAUUAGUUGCACAAAUGACAUCUCCUACUAAACAAUUACAUCUAGAUCAACAUUCUUCAAAAUCUAAAUCACCAUCACUCAAAAAAAGAUCAUCAGCACCUAGUACCAUCAAAGAUCAACCAUCAACAUCUUCCUCUAAACAUACUAAAAAAGAUCAACGAUCAUCAUUAUCAAGCAAUAAAACCAAAAAAUCAUCAUCCAAUAAUAAACAAUUAACAUUGACCGAUAUGAAAUUUACAAAAAAUUCAAGCACAUUAUCUCCAACAUCUAGUCAAAAAUCUUUAUUUAGCACUCCUGUACCACAUGCACAUCAAGUGAUUAUACCACUUGCCAUUUUACAACGUUUAGAUAAAACAAAGAAAGAAAAAGGUUUACAAUCAAAAUUAUUUCAACGUCUAACGUUACAUUGUGCUCGAACAUUAAACGACAAACAACGUCAACGUUUACCAGAUGAAUAUCGUUCAUUAAUUCAAGCAAAAUAUGAAUAUUUAGAAGAAAAAAAACAGUUAUCUCAAAUGACUGAACACGAUCGACGUAUAUACUUACUUGAAAAACAGAAACAACGUAUAAAAGAUCAACAACCAUGUGAAGAUUUAGAUUUAUUACCGAUAAUGAAAACUUUACCAUCACCAAUUCUGUUUGAUGUUGGUAAUAGUAAUUAUGUUGGACAUUUGUUAAUGAUUUGUACAUUUUUUACAUCUUGUCACAGUCUGUUUAUAUCCUCAUUUACAACAAAUCAGACGACAAAACAUGAUUUAUCAAAAUCAACACAAACAUUUUUAAAAACAUUUAAACAUGAUCAUCUACUCAACGCCUAUAAAACAACAUCAACGGGAAUAUUUUUUAAUUAUUUUAAUGAAUUAUGUUUAAUAUUAAUGAAAUUUUUGUUAAAAGAAGAUGAAAAAAAUAGUUAUUCCGAUGAGAAUGAGAAUGAUACGGAAGAACUACAAAAUGAACAUAAUGGUUCAGAGAAAAAUGAUGAUAGUAAUGAAGGAACAACAUCAACUGUUGUAUCAGCAAAUGAUGAAUUUCAACAUAAUUAUUCAAUGUCAAUAACAGAUAUAACAUUAAAUGCGUUUACAUGUCAAGAAUUAACGCGUUUAUAUUUAUUAAAAGAGAAAAAUUCUCAUUAUCAAACAAUAAUUGAAAAAUUAACUUCAGAUGAAUAUAAUCAUUUUUCAAUACAUGACCAAAUUGAUCUGUUAUUAUUAUUAAUUGAUAUUAUUAUAAAUGAUAAUUAUCUGAUGAAUGAUUAUUUUGAUUAUUUACAUCGACAAAUGACAGAAGCAUUAAAAGAACGAACAAAAUUAGUUGCUGAAAAACGAAAACAAAUUGAAGAAGAAAAUAAAAUAAAAAAGUUACAAUUACAAAAUGGUGAACAUAAAACAAAUUCAAAAUCGAAAAAAUCUAAAUCUUUACCAGUUAAAACUAGUCAAAAUAAUGAUGAAAAUCAACAGAAUGGAACAGUAACAACUACAACAUUGACAACAACAAUUGAGGAAAUGGCUGGUGGCGAAGAUGAUGAUGAUCUCAAAAGUGUCUUACAAAGUCGACGACAAAAAUUACAAGAAUCAAAAGAAUUAAAGGAGAAGAAAGAAAUCGAAGCACAAAAAUUAUAUAAUGAUCAAAAACGAGAUGCAAAUAUACAACGAGCAGAACUUGCUUAUCAGGACGCACUUAGAAAUGUUCAUCAAGGUCUUCGUAUUAAACCAUUGGGCUAUGAUCGUAAUUGUAAUCGAUAUUGGUAUUUCAAAGGUUAUGCUGGCAUUUUCGUUGAAUCAGGUUGGAUUACUUCAGAUGUCGAUUAUAACGUACAACGUCAUCAAUCAAUAACGACUAGUCAAACAUCUUCCUCGUCAUUUUUGGCAGAUGAUGAUGAUUCUUUAAAUCGAACAAAAAAUGAAUCGAAUGAAAAAUGCAUUCCAAAAUUUGAUCAAAAUCGAUGGUAUACAUAUAAUGAUGAGAAAUCAAUUGAACAAUUGAUACAAUGUUUACACGUUCGUGGUAUCCGUGAACAUGAAUUGUUAAUAAAUUUAAAAAAAUGUUUACCAUUUCUUAAGUUUGAAUUUGAACAAUUGAGAAAAAAACAGCAAAAGACUUCAGAUGAUUCAAUAUCUGUUCAACCGCUAUCAUCAACAUUGACUGAUACAAAAAUCUCAACUACUAUGGCAGCGGGUGAUACUGAUUCUAUUUGUAGUCAAACAACGGAAAAAGAUCUUACAUCUGAACAAUUUGAUAUUGUUAAUGGAUUCAAAAGUGAUCUAGAAGAAAUUGAAAAUCGAUUAAGAUUAGGUAGUCUAGGUGGUUUUAUAAUAAGUGAUAAUUAUGAUGAAUGGCAUGAAAAAUUAAUGAAUACAACUAAUCGACAAGAAUUAGGUGAUCUAUUAAUACAAUUACAACAAACAGUUGUAGAAAAAUAUGCAACUGGUAUAUUUGGUAAUCGUGAAAAACGUCCACAAAAUCAAACACAAAUGGGUAAAAAUAAAAAGAAAUUCAAAAUAAAUCAUGGUCAAUCGUUAACAAAUGCAUUACAAACAUGGAUUAAUGAUGUUAAAACAUGUAAAACAUAUUCAAGAUUACACGUUUUAAUGACGAUAUUUGAAACAUCAAUUGCAUGGGAAAAGUCAACACUCGGUGCUAAAUGUAAAGUUUGUCGAAAGAAGAAUAAAGAUGAUAAUAUUGUAUUGUGUGAUCAAUGUUGUCAUGGUUAUCAUAUUGAGUGUUUAAGAGAUUUUGGUACCGAUUCUAAAUUUUCUACAUCAUCCACCGAUCUUUGGUAUUGUCCGGCCUGUCGACCGCAACCAGCUACAAAACGUCGUGCGCGUCCACAACGUGGUAGUAAUAAAAAACUUGAUUAUUUUAAUGGGGAUAUUUAUAAUGAUGAUGUAGCAGAUGUUGACGAAGAAGACGGCGUAUCAUCGAAUGAUAAUCAUGAUGUAACGGAUGAUAACAUAUCGUUCGGAGAUGAAAAUGAUGAUGGAUCGAAUGGUAAUGAUUCUGAAGGAAUGGAUUUUGAUGAUAACGACGCGUGUUGCCGUGUUUGUGGUUAUGAAGCUGAUGAUGAUAAUGAAUUGGUUCAAUGUAGUCAAUGUAAAUCACGUUAUCAUUGUCAGUGCCAUGAACCAGCAUUACGCCAUCCUCCAAGAUCGUCUAAUUGGGUCUGUAAUACAUGUCGAACGGGUAGUGGUGCAGUUGUAAGUGACGAUAAACGAUUAAAUCGUUCACGAGCACGGGGUCAAACAAAAAAAACGCACAAACAAAAAGGACAACGAGGUCGAAAACGUACAAAUAACGUUAAUGAAGAUAUAUCUCACGCUGGAAGAACAACACGGUCCAGUCGAAAGAAACGUGAAAUUAGUGAUGAAGAAGAAGAAACUCAGGAACAAAGUGUCGAAAAUGAAACAGUUCAACGUCGUUCAUCAAAAAGACUUCGAAAAUCUGAUCCUAAACCAUUUGUAUAUAAACCACGACGAGUUCGAAUAGAAAAGUCUACUUCGUCAUCUGAACCAGAAAAUGGCAAUCCUGUUUCUGAAGAAAGUGAAAAUGAAAAUGAUACUUAUCAUUCAUCAGAUACAACAAGCGAAAACGAGAAUGAUAUAGAAAAUAAUAACAAUAGAUUAGAACAAUCCUCUAUGUAG